GUCGACGACCUGGGCCAGUAAAGAUGGCUGUCCGUUUCCCCGAGGAUUUUUCAAAUGCGAAUGGUUUUUAGAACGCGGUAAACGGUUUCCGAUUCUUCGAUUUAGAAUAUCUUGACCAUGUUAUAAGCGGAUGGAGGAAUUUGUCGAUGGAUGAUUGAGGCCGCACAGGAAAAAAGUUUACGAAUGAUCGCGCUGCUCGCCGGUGGUGUGAAAAUAUUUGUAAAUGCUCGCGACACACCUUCGAUAUGCCGCGGUCUACGACGUUCCUUAAAUCGUAAUACCUGUCUUCUAUCUAAACUAUAUAGAAACAGUGCGCAGGGUGUGUAAGAUGGACUGAAUUUCGUUGAAAUUACGUCGUUGGAUAAGUUUCGGAUAUUUUUAUCUAUUCGAGAGACUCGCGGGUAUAUUUUACCUCGAAAAUUUAUUCACUAUGAUUAUGUACACCACCGCUGAUGACCGUAUGGGGCAUAACGAGAUUGCUCAGGUAAUCGCAUUCGUAUGUGGGGUGAUAGUCAUUUUGUUGAUGAUAAUGGGACUGGCAUCGACUGACUGGUUGAUGGCGCUAGGAUGGCGACAAGGUCUCUUUGCACACUGCAUUGAGGACGGUGCCCCGACUCCAUUGCCGUUCCAUAUGACUGUACCAGCGGGAUGUUAUCCGGCUCGUGAUGUCGGAUACAUUAAAGCAGCAGCUGCACUUUGUGUCGUAUGUCUUUUGGCUGACAUAGCAGCAACAAUUUUAACAGGACUAGGCCUGCGGUCUCAAGAUCAUCGCGAUAAGCACAAGUAUUAUCUUUUCGCGGUGUUCUGUAUGGGGCUUGCAUUAGCUGCUCUUCUCAUAGCUCUCGUCGUUUAUCCAGUCUGCUUUGCUGCAGAACUGAAUCAUGGAAACCGAACUAUGUGGGAGUUUGGCUGGGCAUAUGGAGUUGGCUGGGGGGCAGCUAUUUUUCUAUUCGGUGGAGCAGUACUUCUCCUAUGUGAUAAAGAGAGCGAAGAAAUUUACUACAAGGAGAGAAAAAUCGUCCGCGAUGAUAUAGGAGGUGGAGGAGGAGGUUCCAUGAUUGGAGUAGGGCAUCACGGAGUAAGAAGUGGCACACAGCUAGCCUAGUGGCAUUGCUCCCUGCCUGACGUUGUCCUCUAGGUGACUGGUUACAUUUCUCUUGUGCCCACAUAUUGCGCGACGUGUUCACAAAGAAAUAUAAUAAUAUCGAUAUUCACAUGGUUUGAAUUUCGGAUAAAGUAACGGUAUGUCUGCUACUGUUUCUGUGAGCGAAUGAUUUUUUAUACGAGCAACGUGUCUUUAGAAUACGCAUACAAGACAUAUACAUUGUAUGUAGAUUACGGAAUUACGACUGAAAUUCUGACUAAAAAAUGACGGUGUACACUAACUCCCAAGAUGAUAAAUUUGUUUACAAAGGUAGAGGAGUAUCAAACCAAUUUUAGUACAGAUUAUAACAUUAUUUAUUUACAUUUCUAAAAGAAGGUACCUCUUUUCUUCCUGUUCAGAUUUCGGGACCAUCCAUUUAUAACGACGAAAGUUCAAACCCGUUUUAUUAAAAUUAUCAACGAUAUUUUUUUCCAUUGGAUUUUAAUACUCGUAUAGGUUUCAUAGUUGGGUCUGUAGAUUUAAUUGAAUUGCCUGUCUAGCAAUGAUUGUGAGAAAAUGGGAAUGAAUUGAUAAGGUAAAAUGUUACAUCCCAGGUGGGACAGAAAAAAAGAU